UUUAUCAGAUUUGUUAGAUUGUUUACAUUCCAGAUUCGGUAAAAUGAGUGAUUUGGAAGAAGAGGAGGACUCUCUGUCCAUGAAGAGUGACUUUUCCAAAGAGGAACCUCCAUUCUUCAGUAAAAAAACAGGACCUUCAGACACAAAAUGGAGAGCAGAGUCUCCAGUGUCCAGCUCUCUGUCCAUGAAGAGUGACUUUUCCAAAGAGGAACCUCCAUUCUUCAGUGAUGAACCUGGACCAACAACCACAAAACGGAGAGCAGAGUCUCCACUAUCCAGCGCUCUGUCCAUGAAGAGUGACUUUUCCAAAGACGAACCUCCAUUCUUCAGUAAUGAACCUGGACCCUCAGACACAAAGAGUUAUGGGAAACGGUUUCUAGUACGGAGAGCAGAGUCUCCAGUGUCCAGCUCUCUGUCCAUGAAGAGUGACUUUUCCAAAGACGAACCUCCAUUCUUCAGUAAUGAACCUAGACCCUCAGACACAAAAGACAAAACUAAACAGAGUCAUGUUUUCAUGGUUGAACAGCCGUCUGGCAACAGAUCCGGAACAAGAGCUGGACUGCAGACAGUCAGUCAGACCAGCACUGUACAAAAUCGUGGUCAGCAGGAGGUGUCAGUUGAACAAAAAAUCAGUCUGAAAAGCAGAUUUGAACGUGUGGCUGAAGGAACUAAUGAAACGGGAAGUAAAACCCACCUCAAGAAGGUGUACGUUAUGAUGUACAUCUCAGAGGGACAGAGUGAAGAGGUUAACACCCAACACGAGGUUUGGCAGCUUGAAACAAAUUCCAAGAUGAAGAUCCUCCAUAACUCUCCAAUCAAGUGUCACGACAUCUUUAAAGCCUUACCUGGCCAACAGAAACACAUCAGAGUCGUUCUGACGUGCGGCGUUGCUGGCGUUGGAAAAACCUUCUCAGUGCAGAAGUUCUGUCUGGACUGGGCUGAGGGUUUGGAAAACCAAGAUAUCAGUCUGGUGAUUCCUCUUGCAUUCAGGGAGCUAAACUUGGUCAAGGAUGAGCAGUACAGUCUUCUCAAGCUCCUCCAUGUUUUCCAUCCAACAUUACAGAAGGUCCCAGCAGAGCAGCUCGCUGGCUCUAAAGUUCUCUUUAUCUUUGACGGCCUGGAUGAAAGCAGACUUUCAAUGAAUUUUCAGAACAGGCAGGAGGUUGUAUCUGAUGUCACACAGAAGUCAUCGGUCAACGUGCUGUUGAGAAGCCUGAUCAAGGGGAAGCUGCUUCCCUCGGCUCUCGUCUGGAUAACUUCCCGACCUGCAGCAGCCAAUCAGAUCCCUCCUGCGUGUGUUGACAGGGUAACAGAAGUACGAGGCUUCACUGACGACCAGAAGGAGGAGUACUUCAGGAAGAGAUUCAGUGAUGAAGAGCUGUCCAGCAGAAUCAUCUCCCACAUCAAGACCUCCAGGAGCCUCCACAUCAUGUGUCUGAUCCCAGUCUUCUGCUGGAUCACUGCUACAGUUCUGGACCACAUGUUGACUACAGACCAGAGAGGAGAGCUGCCUAAGACCCUGACUGACAUGUACUCACACUUCCUGCUGGUUCAGACAAAGAGGAAGAAGCAGAAGUAUGCUGAGGGACAAGAGACGAGUCCACAGGAGCUGACGGAGGCUGACGGGGAAGUUCUUCUGAAGCUGGGGAGGCUGGCGUUUGAAGAGCUGAAGAAAGGAAACAUCAUGUUCUACCAAGAAGACCUGGAGCGCUGUGGUCUGGAUGUCACAGAGGCCUCGGUGUACUCAGGAGUUUGUACAGAGAUCUUUAAAACAGAGAGUGUGAUCUUUGGGGGAAAAAAAGUCUACAGCUUCAUUCAUCUGAGCAUUCAGGAGUUUCUGGCGGCAGUCUACAUUUUCCACUGUUACACAAACAGAGAUCAAUACGAAGAUCGAUACGAUGAUCGAUACAAUGAUCACGACCAAGAUCUUCGUUAUUAUUAUACAUACACUGUCUCAACUCUGGAUGACUUCCUGAAGAGAGCCACAGAAAAAUCCCUGAAAAGUAAAAAUGGCCACCUGGACCUGUUUGUUCGGUUCCUUCAUGGCCUGGCUCUUGAGUCCAACCAGAGACUCUUAGGAGGCCUGCUGGGUCAGUCGGAAAACAGACUAGAAAUCAUCCAAACAGCCAUCAACAACCUGAAGAAGAUGAACAUGGACAAUGUAAUCUCUCCUGACAGAAGCAUGAACAUCUUCCACUGUUUGUUGGAGAUGAACGACCAAACAAUACAUCAGGAGAUUCAAGAGUUCCUGAAGUCAGGGAGCAGAUCACAGAAGGAACUCUCUGGGAUCCACUGCUCAGCUCUGGCCUACAUGCUGCAGAUGUCAGGGGAGGUUCUGGAUGAGUUGGACCUAAGGAAGUACAACACAUCAGAGGAGGGACAACUGAGACUGAUCCCAGCUGUGAGGAACUGCAGAAAAGCUGUGUGA